AUGUCAUCGAACAACAACACUAGCAUGACAUUAACAAUUCUUCAACUUCAAACUGGUUUUCAAUAUGCAACCCUUGUUUUAGGUUUUAUUCUAUUGAUUGGUGGCAUACUCGGAAAUCUUCUCAAUAUUAUUGUCUUCAUUAAAGUUGGAAAUUACAAGAACAAUGGAUGCUCUCUUUACAUGUUUGUUCGUACUUUUCUUGAUCUCAACAUUCUCCUUGUUGGUCUAACCACUAGAAUUCUUAGUACAGGCUUUCAAAUGAAUUUUACUUUAACAAAUCGAAUUUGGUGUAAAACGCGCAUCGGCUUUGUCGAUAUUAAUGCUCAGAGUACAUGUACUUUUAUUUGCUUACAAGCUAUUGAUAUUUUCAUGUGUUCCUCUCCAUCAGUUGCUGUACGACAGAAGAGCAAUAUUCGAAUAGCACGAUAUCUAAUAAUUGGUACUCUUUGCAUUUGGUUUAUUCAUGAACUACCUUACUACUUCUUUCAAGAUCUUGUUAUUGUAAGAGGUACCCCAAUGUGUAUCGCAACAAAUACAAUUUAUGCCAAGUAUCGUAGCUAUGUUGUCUCUCUUGGCAUUGUCACUAUUAUUCCAAUCACUGUUAUUUCUAUUUUUGGAUUCCUCACUGUUCGACAUAUGAAAACUAUUAGUGUAACAAGAUCACUUUCUUCUCUUACAAAACAAACAAUUAGUAUGGCAUUAUCUCAAAUAUUUGCUGUAUUAGUGUUUAAUAGUCCAUAUGCAACUUGGCAAAUAUACACAGUCAUUACAGCAAAUGUAGUUAAAGAUACCUAUAGACAAACAGUGGAACAGUUAGUUAUUUCAUUUGCUGCUACUUAUGGUUUUGCAAUAUAUGCGAGUUCUUUUUAUUGCUAUUGUUUAUCAAAAAGAUUUCGAAAUCAGUUGAUUGUUUCUCUGAAGGAGCUGGUUGGAUGUAAAAAUAUGAAUCAAGUAUAUCCAAUUCCCCAACGAAGUGGUACUCGUACUUAA